AUGUCCUCCCACAACACCUCCUCCCCGCCCUCCCGCGCCCCCCUCAUCCUCCUCGGCAACAUCCUGCCCCAAUCCCUCGCCACCCUCUUCGUCCUCGCCCGCAUCACCACCAAAUCGCUCCUCAGCCACACCUGGGGGCCCGACGACACCACCCUAACACUCUCCUGGCUCAGCUCGCUCGCUUUGACCGUCCUCUCCUGCCUGCAAACCCGCUACGGCGCCGGCCAGCACCUAGCCACCGUGCCCCUCUCGAACGUCAAACCCAGCCUCCAACUGGCCUACGCCACGCUCCUCCUCUACAACCUAACCCUCUGCCUGACCAAAGUCUCCGUCUCCCUCUUCUACCUCCGCGUCUUCGCGGACCGCUGGAACAAGCACCUCAGCCUCGCGGCGCUGGCGUUCGUCGUCGUCUACACGGUGCCGCUGGAGGUCGUGUCGAUCGCGCAGUGCCGGCCCGUCGCCGGCGUGUGGGAUAGGGCGCUGGUUGCGGAGGGGAAAGCGAAGUGUAUUGAUACGAUACCGGCGUUCUACACGAGCGCGGUGUGUAAUAUACUGGCGGACGUGUGGCUGAUCGGGCACGCGGUGCCGCGCGUGUUGGGGCUGCAGAUGGGGAGGCGGCAGAAGGGGCUGCUGUUGUUUUUCUUGUCGCUGGGAUGGUUGACCAUCAUCGCCGCCAUCAUCCGCGCGGUGCGCAUCUCGACCAUCCUGCGCUCGGCCGACAAGACGUGGGUGUCGUACGACAGCAGCAUCUGGUCGGCCGUCGAGGUCGACGUGGGGCUGAUCUGCGCGUCGGCGCCGGCGACGUGGAAGCUGGUGAAGAGGGUGGCGCCACGGUUUGCGGAGGCUAUGACGAGCGGUCGUUCAUCGUCAUCGGGUCGAGGAGGAGGAGGAGGAGCAAGCGGCAGCAACGGCACUGAUGACGCAUUGAACGAUGUUGGAGGAGGAGGACCGCAGUAA